CACUCGGACAUGCACGCUGUCGACAUGGCUCACGUCUUGAGGUGCCAAGACUGCAGAGCCGGGACACUCUCCAGAGGGCAAAUUUUGAGUUUCGAGUGUCGGAAGCCGGAGAUCGGAAAACUACCACCGAUUCAAUCCAGUGGCAAAAUCUCGCGAUCUUCCUCCAUCUAGUUCUCCACGCCUCAGUGUAAUUAUUGGGCGUGGGUUCCUCCAACCCCAGCAGGUUACGAAGAUUGCGAGCGACUCCAGCUAUGGUAGAGUGAUGAUUAAUCAAUGUAACUCCGAAGACAGCCAGCUGUAUGGUAAUCGUCAGCUGAAGAAAAUCUACAAUUUACCCCAACGUCGACUGAAUCGCGAAGUUCCCAGACUCAUCGCUCAGCCUCAGUUCCCGGAGCAACAUCCUCAUUAUUCUUUCAACAGUCAGGGCGGUCCGCCGUACUCGAACCCUGUCAUGGAUCACCUGACCCUGGCUUUCGAUCAAGCCAUCCAGAAUCUUGGUAUCUUCCUGGACACAUUGACGGCUCCACCGACGGCUCCGCAUUCAGUUCAGAUGGGGAUCGCCGGAAUGAACACGGUCAUAAUCGACUACCUUAAUCUCCUCGAAGCUUGCUGCGUCAAUCAUCCAAUGCUGAAAAGCAAAAUCCAAAUGAUUACGCAGAAGCUGGUCGCUCUACAAAACACGGGGAGCCUGCCCUCGAAUCAGGGAGGGACCAUGGCCGCGUUCUCAUUCCCUCAGCAAGCAAGACCUGCACCCAAUCCAUGCUCGAUGAUGGUGCCGGGAUCUCCGAUGAUGGCGCCGGUUCCCAAUGUUCUGCCGCCUCACGUUCCCGGCUGUUACGGUGCCAUCGGUAUGAGCCCUCCGCACAUGAACCGCUCUCGCCAGACCCAGAUGCCGAUGGAUCCGAAUCGAGGGAAUUCCGGGUUCCGGACCAGCAUGGGUCACCCUACAUUCCUGCCGAGUUCUCCUUUGGAGUUCUAUCCGACCCCAAAUCCAAGUCCGCCGCUGAAUGUGCACCCCAGCUUCCUCAUGAGCGACUGCGUGACUGGAUUCUCGUCGAAUAAGCCCAACGAAGCCAAUGUGGCCAGCGCGGGUCAUCAAAUCAUUUAG